GAACGCGUGGAACGAAGAGUCGACUUGGUGCCACGCUGCCGCGCAGUUGUCAAUGUGUUUGUGAAUAGGUAUCGUCUAUAAUAACAGACGCGAUAUAAUAAUAGUAAAUAAUUCGCCGGAAAAUAUCGCUAUGAGUAUGAAAGUUCGCCAAAAUCGAAUUUGAUUUUUCUUUGGCGCGCGUAAAAAAUGUUUACGAACCCGUCUUUAAAUCUUUCGACCGCCGUAACCCGUAAAUACUUGCAGCAGUUAUUGUUGUUCCACACACGAUUAAACUGUUGUUUCAUAAAGCUGGCGCGCCUUUAAUAACGGAUCGAUUCAUCGCGAAGCUGCCACACAAAGAUGAGAAACACGUGUCUGUUUACGGUAUUUUUGGUGGCCACGUGUACGAUGGCCUCGAUGGUGGAGUUUGAUGAUCAGAGGCAACCUUCCCUGUACGGCAACGACUAUUCUUACUACGGAGCCGGAUACAGCGUGGCGGCGCCAGAAAGAGAGGAAGAGUUGGCGCGCACCCAUCACGUAAAGCACAAAUUGAAGAAGCUCAAGAAAAAGCUGUUGGUACAGUGUUUGUUGGGGCACGGCCGACGGCGGCGUGACACGUCCGAGGCUUCCGGUCGCUUCUUUCUUCCGGUAGUAUUGCAGAGCACCAACGUGAACGUGGGUUCUGGCGGCGGUGGCGGCGGCCAUCAGCAGCAACAGUCACACCACAGCGGAUGCAUGCAAAUGUUUGGCGAUGACAACAGUCACGGUCCGCUGGGCUCGUUGGGCUCACCGUUAGGCUCACUGGGCUCGGCGCUCGGUUCGCUGGGGCCUGCUCCAGUGACGGAAGAGUCAGAAGAUGGCGGAAACCGAAAUUACGCGGCCAACUGGAACAGAUAUGCCAGACAGUUCCGCCGUAACUUUGUAAGGCCGCUAUACCGCUUGUUCUAGGCGACGUGGGUACAUCAUUAUCGGCGAUUCAAUUCGGUCACGUCAUUGAUAUAUAGGUACCUAUAUGUACAUAAUAGGAAUCAAGAACAAGUGGAACUAAUUCAUGUUUCAUUGAUUAUAUUAAUUUAUUGUAUAAUGCGAUAUACUUUAAAGGAACCUAUUAAAUUUUUUAAUUUUUUUCAUUAGAAUUAUGUCCACCCAUAUGUAUAUAGGUACCCAUAACGUGGACUUAACAAUAUAAUGGAUUGCCCCGUAGGAAUAAAAUAAUCAUAAUUUACCUGCAUAAUAUAUAUUUUUUUGAUCUACACCCGACCUGUAUAAUUUUAAGAUUUUUGUGACAGAGCCUGCUGCACUUCCCGUUACCACGAGUAUCUAACGGGAAAGUUUUUAAAUUUCAACAUUCUCUGGAUUUCAGCUAUAUUCAAUGCCAUUCUAUUUUCUUAUGCAUAUAACAGAUGAUACUUAUCGGAAAAUAAUAAAUCUAAUUUUUGAUCUUAUAAUCUAGACAUACCUCGAUGCAUAACAAUCGUUAUGAUUUUUUUUAUGGUGGAAUACGAUUUUAAAGAAAUUCGAAGGCGGUAAAAUUAAAUAAAUAUUGGUAAAGGAGCACGGCGUUAAAAUGUCCACCUUGGGUCUUGGGCGACAGGCUUGAAUCCACAUACCUACCUAUAAAAAACUACCCCCACCCCUUACGAACUCCAUACUUGCCUUUAGUAUCGCGGACAUAAACAUCUGGCUUAAUUGUUUGAGGCUGUACCUAAUAUGUGGAAAACUGUUUAGGAGUUAGAGCAAGGCAUGAUAACUACAACGGUCAAACGGCUUGUGGCCGAUUUUACGCCAACGAGUGCACAAAUGAAAUUUUCGACACAUCAAAAUAGGCAUCUCAGUACCUUACCUACGGUCUACGACCAUAUUCGGCAUAUUCCCAUUUGUAAAUUGUAAUAAUAGAGUUUAAAAGGCAUACCUUAUAGCCUAUAAGUUGUACGUUGUAGUUACAAUUUAAAUAAUACAGUUUUUACUAAACUAAAGUCAUGAUUGUUCUUAAGUAGCUAUUGUAAAUUGUAAAUAAUUAUUUACUUACACAUAAUAAAUAGUUAUAUUAAGUACAAUAAUACAAAAUAUAUGUUGAGAGUUUAAGACAGCACAGAUUUAGGAAAUAAUCAAUAAGUAGUUAUCAAAUCCUUAAGCCAUACAAAUUAUAAAGAUAUAAACUAAUUUAAGUUUAGUUUAGGUAAUCUAUGUACAAAUUAAAAGUUAACAAAUAAUAUAUUUAACUCUUUAUGUUUGAAGUUAACAUAGAAGAUAAUUAACUUAACUCGGUGAAAAAAUUUAGUUGCAAUUUUUUUUUAAAUUAUUACUUGGGAUGUCACAUAGUUAUUUACAAUAAUAUCUCAAUAAUUUUUUUUUUUAAAACAAUGUUGUUAAAAAUUAUUUCUGCAUACCCACAACAGUGAUAUAUGUACGCUUAGCAUGUAGUUGUAUUAGAGUAAUAUGAUAUGUACCUAUACUGGCGUAUGUGACUACAGGACCAGACACUCAAGAGGGAAUCUGCUGAUCCAGCAAUUUAGUUAUUAGAAAACUAACUUACUAGUUAAAGUGUAACUUCAAAACAAAAUGUAACUAGUAAAUUACCACCUUUAUUAGUGUUAUCAGUAGGUGUUAUUUUAAUAAAUCAUGUUUUAUUAAGUUUAAGUACUAACACAUAUUGUGCAAAUUGACUGUAAAUAAAAUAAUAAGGUAGGUAUGAAUUUCUUUAAUGAUUUAAUUGUAAUCUAACUUAUGAUAGUGAAAUUGUUAAUAUUAUAUUAUUUUAAUUUUACAGUUUUAUAAUUAAAGAGAAUACAAUUACGCUGAAGUAUGAAUUAAUAUGUAUGGACUAAUAUGUAUGGACUAAUGUUUAUGGUUUAUUUACGAUUUUGUACAUUUUAAGCUUAUUUUCUGGUUUUUUGUUAAGUUUAUACGUCAUGUUUCAUGUCACUAUGUCAGGUUAGGAUAAAUUAUUAGUAAUGUUGAUUUUUUUCAUUAAUAAAUUUCAAAAGUUUUUGUAUUUAAUA